GUCUACUGCAUCCCUGUUUAUCCCAAUCUCCUCCCUCGCUCGAGCCUAGGGUUGCGCCCCUUCUAAUACAACCCUUCCUGCUUGAACGGUGACGAAAGUGCUGUAGCACUCAACAUGCACUCAAUAUCCGACCUUACAACGUUCUGUCGUAAGACGACGGGGGACGUACCACCGAAGCUUGUCGGUGCUUCGACAACUGUGACAGGCUCCAAAGUAUUUCUCUUUGGAGGACGACUGGUCACGGAAAGGCGGAUGGUCUCAGAUCUCUUCGUCUUCGACCUCGAAACUUUCGUUUGGGAACGCAUACAACCCCACCCAGAGGAUGACGAGCCGGAGGCGCGAUACUUUCACAGCACGGAGACAUGGAACAACCAGCUCAUUGUCUUCGGAGGGAUGGGCCAUAUGCCAGACUCUGACAACCCCGAAGACCUCCGCGUUCUCAAUGACGUCCGUUUCUUCGACCUUGCAUCGAUGCGUUGGCUUUCCUCUUCGUAUUCGAGCGUCAGUUAUGCGGACCCCAACACAGAGGCACUCAUCCCCAAACCUCGCUACGCCCAUUUGUCGUCCAUCACUGCGAACCGCCUCUUCAUCAUUGGUGGGCAGGAUCUUUCAAACAUAUGGCUUGACGACGUCCACGUGUAUGAUCUCGUCCAAAAAGUGUGGGUGCAGCGUCGCAAUUUCCCUCACCACUGCGGCACAUAUCGAAGUGUCGCUGUUUCAGCUGCUCAGCGUGUCCGUCUACCACAAGAAGAACAUCGUGCAGCGGAGACCAACUCCACGCUCGGGCCGCCCGGAACGCGCUUCAAAUCCGACAAAUCCUCCCCAACAUCCUCAAAGGAAUUUACUCCUUCCGAAUCUUUAGUCCAUGUACCCUACUCCGCCCCUCCAACCGACGACUAUCCCAACGAUAUUUACUUGUACAGUAACUUCAACUUUACAGAUGUAAAACGCGAGCUUGAAGUUUUUUCACCACUCCCUGACUCAGAUUUUACGAUUACCGGACGCUCGAAUGCAAUGUCUGGGACAUCAUUCCCGCCUGGCCUCCGGUUUCCUUCGGGUGCUAUCCUGGGCACCCACCUUAUCAUUGCUGGCACUUAUCUCGCUCACACAUACCAGUCAUAUUCAAUAUGGGCGCUUGACCUCACUAGCAUGGUCUGGUCACGCAUCGAUCCCGGCAGUGCCGUAGCGACCGGCUCCUGGUUCAGAGCGUGUUUAUGGGCAGAAGCCAACAAGUUCCUUAUCUUCGGAAACCGUAACGGGAAUCUCGUUGAAGACUACAAUCGACGGCUACUGAGCUGGGAUCACGUUUCCGUUAUUGAUCUGGAGGCUUUCGGGAUUUACCAGCCGCCAUCAUUGCUUCUGGAUAUCCCGAUGCAAGAGUACGGGCUUUCGGCGUUGGAAGAGGAGGUAUUGGCCGACUUUGAGAUUAUCUGCGACGACGGGCGCAAAAUCAAAUGCUCAAGGAAGACAUUGGAGGACCGAUGGCCAUGGUUCAAAGAGCAGAGGAUCAAGUUCUUGCAACGAGCCAAGCAGGCCAUUGAGAUUAUGCCGACCUCAUCCAUGGACGUUGGCCUGCCUGAUCUACCUGGCGCUCCGGAUUCGACUGAGCCAAGACCAGAUCCACGAUUGACUCCGAGGGCCUUCAACUUAUCUGAGCCUUACCCCAUCACCCUUGCCCUCCUGCAAUACUUUUACUCUCUGGCGCUCAUUACUCCCUUACAACAUGCACCCGCUGUGUUGAGUCAGCUCUUGAUUUUGUCGAGUAUAUAUCAGAUCACGCAUCUCGAAUCGCUGGUGAAGCAUGCGAUGCACCGCGCACUGUCCAAUUCCACGUCGGUCGGUGUAUACGAAGUCGCGACACUUUGUAGUUGCCGAAGUCUCCAGAUAAGGGCUCUCAAAACUGUCAUGUCAUAUAGUCAGAAACGGAGUGGCCGUUCCCGCGCAGGUAGCAAGAGCGGUGGCGGCGGAGGGAGUGGUCGUGACCGCAGUGACAGUGAGCUGCCAGGUCGCGGAUCCGAUGGAGACGCGGCAUCAUCGACGGGACGUUCGCGUGGGACGUCGGACGCCAAAUUUCCUGGCUCCCUUGACCAAACGUCCAGCUCAGGCCCAACCACUAGAGGCUAUGCGGCCAAUUCCAGUAAGUAGUUUACACAUCACACACGCCAGAGCAACGUCGUGGGUAAAAUAGAAUUCUAAUUCGAUGAUUUUUG